UUUUGCUAUCUUCCCUUUUCCUUUUCUGAAUACAAACAACAAGACAAGAAAAGAAAAGAAAAGGUACAGUGGUGGUGUGCGUGCGUACGUUGGUGGAAGACAGAGUUGACGAAGUCAGUCAAGUUUGGAGUUCUCAUACAUACAUCAUGGAAUGGCCGUCUCCAUAAACCUCUUCGAAUUCUCCUCCUAACUUCCAAAAUUCCCCAAUUUUAUCUUCAAUUUUCAACAAUUUUCAUCGUAAAACAAACCGUUUUUUCAUCUUACUAUUAUUAUCACCAUGUCUCUCAAAUCAUCCAAUUCCUCGGAGAAACCGAUUCUUCCUUUAUCGGAUCCUCCAAAAAACCAACCCGAUGACAAACUUUUCAAAGGUUCCGCUAUGACCAAACGUGGUGCAUACGCCGCUAUUUCUUACAUGACCUGCGCAGUUAUGUUGGUGAUGUUUAAUAAAGCAGCUCUUUCGUCUUAUAACUUUCCAUCUGCAAAUGUAAUCACACUUCUUCAGAUGUUUAGUUCGUCUUGUUUUCUUUAUGUAUUGAGGCGCUGGAGGAUAAUUAGUUUUACAGCAAGUGAAUCUUUGCAUAUAUCAGAUACUUCAACAAAAUUUGUAUCACUCAAGACUUUGAAACACACUUUUCCUUUGGCUGGAGCAUAUUUAUUUUACAUGCUAGUGACCAUGGAGGCUGUUCGGGGAGUAAAUGUUCCAAUGUAUACAACUUUGAGGAGGACCACAGUGGUAUUUACAAUGCUUGUAGAGUUUCUUUUGGUGGGACAGAGGUAUACACACUCUGUCGUCUUCAGUGUUGGCUUGAUUAUCUUUGGUGCGUUUGUUGCGGGAGCACGAGACUUAUCUUUUGAUGGUUAUGGAUAUGGUGUUGUUUUCUUGGCAAACAUCAGCACAGCAAUAUAUCUCGCUACCAUAGCCCGCAUCGGAAAAACUAGCGGUCUUAAUAGCUUUGGCCUUAUGUGGUGCAAUGGUAUUCUAUGUGGGCCAGUUUUACUCAUCUGGACAUUUAUCCGCGGAGACUUGACGAUGACAAUCAACUUUCCUUAUCUCUUCUCACCUGGUUUUCUCGUUAUUUUGCUUUUUUCAUGCAUACUGGCAUUCUUCUUGAAUUACUGUAUAUUUCUGAACACAACUCUAAAUUCAGCUCUGACGCAGACAAUUUGCGGCAAUCUGAAGGAUCUAUUUACUAUUGGAUUUGGCUGGAUAAUUUUUGGUGGGCUACCAUUUGAUUUUUGGAAUGUAAUUGGACAAUGUCUCGGUUUUGCUGGUUCUGGUUUAUAUGCUUACUUUAAGCUCAUUGGCAAAUAACUUGCUCAAGUUCUCUAGAUGAACAUGAAGUCUUUUUCAUGAGGAAAAGCCAUUCAAUUCAAUCAUUUAAAUGCGGCCAUCAUGUAUCCGUCGAAAAAUGAGAAGAAUCUGAAUCAAACUCGGGUUUUGUGGAACAUGAGAUCGUCUAAUCUCAAUAUUUAGGAAGUUUUGUUGAAUACAAUUUGACACAAACAUUUUCUUAGGAAGCAUUAUAGUGAUGCUGUUAUGACUUUAGUGUAAUAAAACCUUUGAUUUGCAAAUUGUGAAUUUUGUGCAUCCUCUAUAAUUGUUAACAAACACUGUAUUUUAUUUUUAAUCUAUCAAUUCAUUUCAUUAUAUUCCCUCCA